CAUUCUGGUAACACACAAUCUUUUAGGUUUUUGUAGCAAGCAAAAAAAAAUAUUAUGUUAAAUGGUACAUAUAACUAAAUAGUUGUAAAAAAUAUCAGAAAUUCAUAUUGUAAGGAUUUUCAAUUAUUUAUGAUAUCCACUAUGGUAAAUCUGAAUGGAAGCACCAAGAUGCUGGUCGGUCGUGCCAUGGAACUGCUCAGCGCUAGAAUUUCUUCUGCGCAAACACGUCACAUUGCAAAGCGUGUAGCUCAAGUGGUGACUCCGCGUCAAAUGACUCUGGAGGAGACGCAACGUGAGCGCCUCAAAUCGCAAAACUAUGAGGAUAGCAAACGUCGCUCAAUGUGGCAAGCGGCAAUAGAGAAGGCUGAAGCCGAGCAGAAAGUCAUUGAACGCUUGGACGAAGCUCACUAUUCGCAUAAGGAUGUCGAGGACCGCGAUUACGAAUGCACUUGGGUAGACUUCCCUGAAAUCCCACAGCCCAAAAAGCUGGCGCUGCCCGAAGAAAGCAAUCACCCCGUGCGCCGGCGCCAUGCUGAAGAGCGUCCAGAUACGGCAAAGCCUUGGGGCGCCGAAGCUGCAGAUUUUCUGAGACAGUGGGACAAUAACCAGGUUAUGAUUAACCGCAAUAAAUAUAGUCGUGGAACAGACAUUCUGCCAUCGCCAUCGAAAAAUUCUAUUGAUAAAUGUGGCCAAGAGCGACAGAAGCAAUUCUUUUAUUAAGAUGACUACCAGCAGCCUUUCGUUCUAAGUGACAGAAAAUUUAAGUAAUAUAAAAUUUUGGUAGUAGUAGGUCAGAUUUGUAUUUUUGAUAUUAAACAGCUGACAAUUGACAGAAAAUAUA